AACUGUCUGUUUUAUUUCAAAUCGUAGCUUUUACUUACAAUUUUCAGAUAUAUUUUUCACAAGGAGAUUAUUAUAAACAAGAUCCUGCCAAAGAUUGGCAGCAAACGAGUACUUCGAUGGACAAGCACAUGGAUUAUCGCGGCGAGCUACGACAGCAUUUCUUUGGAUCCAAUAAUAUUUCACAGGUCAAUUCCCGAACCUAUAUACCAAAGAAAAAUAGUGGAAAUAAUCAUUCGCAGUUUAUGGAUCAUUCGAAGUACCAAGAAAAUCGCAAAUGUCCUCAUAAUCGUGGGUCGGGAUUAAAUCAAGGACAUUCCCCAGUUAAAAGAAACAACCAUUAUCAAAAAUUGCUAAAUGAUAAUGAGCAAAUACCAGGAAAUGCCAGACGAUCGGGGGUUCAAAUGGAAUUGCCACCAAAUCGACGAAGCGGCCACUAUAUUGAUCUUUCCAAGUAUGAAGAACCCAAUUAUUAUCCUCAUAAUCAUGGGACUAAAAUGCCACAAAAGCAGAAGACUUGUCAGAGAAGUCAUUACACUCAAAAUAAUAUCUCUCAGAUGCAAUACAACUCAAGGGCAGAGUAUCCAACCAGUCCUAGGUAUAAAAGCAAUCCAAUCUCUAAGAUCGCUUAUCAAUAUGAUAAUAAUGUCCAGAAACCGAUGGCUAGUUUCGAUAAUGGCGGCUGUGGAGCAGGAGGGGAUGUGGCGGAUUGUAUAAUUUAUAAAAAUUCUGCUUUUGGAACUACCACUUCCAGUAAGAGCGAGCAUGCCGAUGAUGAGGCUGAAAAGGACACUCCAUUGAAUCGUUACGCCGUAAAGACUCGCAAAAAGAAAAGUUUCAACUUUAUCGACUCGGCGCGAGCCCAUUGCCAGGAGGUCAACGAAAGAUACCGUCAGUCGCAGCCGUAUACGGUUGCCAGGGAUGACCUGAUCCAAACCAGUGAUUCCAGUAUCAAGGACUCGAAGAAAUCUGGACCGACUCAGAACACAGCCACUAGUCCCCAGCAUGGGGAUGACCUCAGAUCGAUAGUUCGCUCGCAAAUCAAAAUCCAGCAGGUUUUGGAUCAUUCCAUAAGGGCGGGAAUAUCGCCGAUGAAUAGCAGCCCAAGAGAGGAUACGUCUCAGAACGAUGGGUUUGUGUCCACGGCUAGGGCGACCAAGGGAUCGCCAGUUCGGUAUCAUUGCGAUGCGGUUAAUAUCCGGUAUCGCUGCCAGAAACCCUCUAGCCCAGACGGUUUGCAUCACAGUACCAGUGGCUCCAGUACCAAGAACACCAAGCCCUCUCAAGUUACCGUGAUCAGUGCCAAAAGUGGCGGGGAUCUGAGGAAAAUUGUUCGCUCGCAAAUAGAGGUCCAGCAGGACUUGGAUGCUUCUAUGAGGGCGGGACUUUCAAAGAAAGGGGCAGUCCAGACUUCAGCCCAUGAAAAACAAAUUCCCCACGAAUUCGGAGCAACCUACAGGGCCGCCAACACCAAAAAUACAGGCAAAGUAAACAUGACUCAACCGCAUGUUGACAAUCCCACCCAGACUUCCUCUAGUAUUGAGCCAAUUGACUUCACUGUCAGUGCCGAUGAUAUAGUGAGCUCCAAAGUCAUAAACCCCGUGAUCCAAAGGAUACAAAGGAUGUACUUGAACACCUUGCAGGAAGAAUUGUCGAUCGUGGAUUAUAUGCAGAGGGUUCCAAAGUUGGUCAGCGAAGUCUAUAGGCGUGAGGCCGCCGAAAAAGAGUCGAAGAAUUAAGCAAAGUUUCUGAAUUAUUUUCGAUGUUUUUGUCAUAUAUAUUUUGUACAAAAUAAAUUGGAGGUUUAUCAAAAUUAUAAAA